UGUAUGAACGUUUAUCCACAACGGUUACGGGGAUAUAUGCUGGUACAUUCGAAAUAAAGAAGGGCCCAAACGCUCCUUCAUUCUCUGCGAGCAAAGAUUUGCGACAACCUCAAAUUGAUUCUCGAAGGGUGGUCAGAGCAGCACUCUCGGACAAAUCCGGAGAAGCGAAGCCGUUCCCGAUGGCCGCCUCCGCCCUCUCCCCUCCGGAGGUCCCCAUGGAACUCCACGCCCACAACCGCGACAAGCUCGUCCGAGCCCUCCGCGAUCACCUCGCCGCCUCCUCUCGCCCCACUCGUGGAUUCGUCCUGCUCCAGGGAGGAGAGGAGCAGACCAGAUACUGCACGGACCAUGCGGAGCUCUUUAGGCAAGAGAGUUAUUUUGCUUACUUGUUUGGAGUAAGAGAGCCAGGUUUUUUUGGUGCCAUUGAUGUUGCAUCUGGAAAGUCGUUUUUGUUUGUGCCAAGAUUGCCUGCUGAUUAUGCUGUUUGGCUGGGUGAGAUAAAACCACUAUCGUUCUUCAAGGAAAGAUACAUGGUUGACUUGGUCUUUUAUGUGGAUGAGUUGGUACUGGUGCUGCAUGAUCACUCCAAUGAGCCAGGAAAGCCCUUGCUUUUUCUCUUGUAUGGACUAAAUACAGACAGCAAUAACUUCUCCAAGCCUGCUGCAAUUGAGGACAUGAACAAAUUUGACACUGAUCUGAGCACACUGCAUCCUAUUUUGACUGAAUGUCGAGUUAUUAAAUCUAAGAUGGAACUUGACCUUAUUCAGUAUGCUAAUGAUGUAAGCUCAGAAGCACAUAUUGAGGUCAUGAGACGAAUCAGAUCUGGAAUGAAAGAAUAUCAGUUGGAAAGCAUCUUCCUGCAUCAUAUUUAUAUGUAUGGUGGCUGCAGGCAUUGCUCUUAUACAUGUAUAUGUGCUACUGGUGAAAACAGUGCUGUUCUCCACUAUGGUCAUGCAGCUGCACCAAACGAUAGGAUUCUAGAAGAGGGAGACAUGGCCUUGUUCGACAUGGGAGCUGAGUAUCACUUUUAUGGUUCUGAUAUAACCUGUUCAUUCCCUGUCAAUGGCAAAUUCACAAAGGAUCAGAUUGUGAUUUACAAUGCUGUCCUUGCUGCGCACAAUGCUGUUCUACAGUCAAUGCGACCUGGAGUUUGUUGGAUAGACAUGCACAAACUGGCUGAGAAAACCAUUCUCGAGUCACUAAAGAACGAAGGAAUAGUUAUUGGUGAUAUUGACAAGAUGAUGGAAAGAAGACUUGGCGCUGUUUUUAUGCCUCAUGGACUUGGACACUUCCUUGGGAUUGACACUCAUGAUCCAGGGGGCUAUGCACAGGGAUUGGAGAGACCGAAAGAACCUGGGUUGAAGGCCUUACGAACAAUAAGAGAACUGAAAGAAAGCAUGGUGAUAACAGUGGAACCAGGAUGCUACUUCAUUGAUGCCAUGCUAGUUCCUGCAAUGGAAGAUGCAGUUACAUCAAAGUUCUUAAAUAAAAAAGAAAUAGAGAAGUACAAAAAAUUUGGUGGAGUUCGAAUCGAAAGUGAUGUGGUGGUCACAGCUGAUGGCUGCAAGAAUCUUACAAACUGCCCUCGAGAAACAUGGGAAAUCGAAGCUGUGAUGGCAGGUGCACCAUGGCCACUGGAUCAUGCUCGCUUCAAGAGUCAGAAUGGCUCCUCCGGUGCCUAAAACUAAACCUCGCACUUGCUGCAGUUUGCUGCCGAAUCUCUUUCUAUCAAAUUUGUCCGACUGUAUCAGUUCAAGAUGCAAUGUACUGAAAUAAAGCAACCUGUAUUCAAGGCUUAUGUUUAUCUCAUCGAGCCUCCAAAUUGAUAGUUUACACACAUUGGAAAAUCCUGGUCAUGUGAAGCAGCCAUCUCGUCUUAAUAUGAUCAACAUGGGGACCUAUCAAAGUGGGCCUACAGAGAAUGUGAUCCUUUCUGUGGAUUGAUCUCAGAACCUGAUCAUGAACCGUCGCCUCGUCCUAUCCCCCUUUCUUGCGUUUUUAGUACUGCCCACGCCGGCGUCGAGAAGCUUCGAGACCAAGCAAAAGGGUUCGUUCCGAUCAAUCGGCCAUGGCGAGCGUCUCACUCGAAGCCCUCCUCCUCUGGGUCGCCAUCCUCGCCGGGAUAUCCCUCACCCGCCUCCCCUACGAGGAACUCCCCGGAUCCGGCGGCGGCCUCGUCCCCUCCGUCCUCUUCCGGGACCAGCCGGCGGCCUUCUACGCCUUCGUCCUCGCCCUCGUCCUCUCCGCCUCCGCGGCCGCCAGCGCCAUCAUGCACCGCCGUGGCUUCCCCGGAUACGCCAGGCUUUGCCGCCGCGUCGCGUCUGCGUCCAUGGUGGCCGCGUCGGGCGCCCUCCUGUACGUCUCGUCGCGCUCUGCGUGGAUUCUGUGGCAAUCGGACACGGCGGCGCGCGUCGCCACUAAUUGACCAAUACGGUGAUCCUCACAAGCCCAGGCCUGCUUUGCUUCUUACAGCUGUGUCAUGUUGUUGUUGUUGUUGUUGUUGUUGUUGUGUCUCUGUGUGUAUACAUACAAUACAGUCAAUACAGUGUGUUGUUUCAAGAUUUGUUUACCUUAACAACUUGCUUGCUAGCUAGCUACACCUUUGCCCGUAGAUUUCUGGAUCAUAUGUAACAAAGUCAUUGCUUUUCCUUUCUUACUUGCCUAACAGUGUAUGCCAUAUGUACUCUUUUAAGUUUAUGCAAUACAUGGUUACGGUUUUCAUGUCAA